AUGGCCUGCUGUCAGACCAGCUUCUGCGGAUUUCCCAGCUGCUCCACCAGUGGGACCUGCGGCUCCAGCUGCUGCCAGCCAAGCUGCUGUGAGACCAGCUGCUGCCAGCCAAGCUGCUGUGAGACCAGCUGCUGCCAGCCAAGCUGCUGCCAGACCAGCUUCUGCGGAUUUCCCAGGUUCUCAACCAGUGGGACCUGCAGCUCCAGCUGCUGCCAGCCAAGCUGCUGUGAGACCAGCUGUUGCCAGCCAAGCUGCUGCCAGCCAAGCUGCUGUGAGACCAGCUGUUGCCAGCCAAGCUGCUGCCAGACCAGCUCCUGCGGAACUGGCUGUGGCAUUGGUGGUGGCAUCAGCUAUGGCCAGGAGGGCAGCAGUGGAGCUGUGAGCACCCGUAUCAGGUGGUGCCGCCCAGACUGCCGUGUGGAGGGUACCUGCCUGCCCCCCUGCUGUGUGGUGAGCUGCACACCCCCAUCCUGCUGUCAACUGCACCAUGCCCAGGCCUCCUGCUGCCGCCCGUCCUACUGUGGACAGUCCUGCUGCCGCCCAGUCUGCUGCUGCUACUGCUCUGAGCCCACUUGUUGA